AAAAAACAUUGAACACAGAAGCAAAUAACAGAGCGAGAGAAAGACGCCGGAGAAACGAUUUUCUGUAAUGACCUUUUUGGGCCUUUUUUUUCCUACACGCAGUUCCCCUCGAAUCUCUGUGAUCCGAAAUCGUCGUCCGUUGCAUUAACCGGUCAUCUUCAACCUCUACCCAUUCUUCGCCGCGUCGACACUUUGCUCACAGGUUCAGCUCUGCAUCUCUGAGCUUUACGGCUGUAAUGGGUUUCUUCUUGUUGUUCUUCUUCUUCUGCUGCUGUUCCUCUUGAUUUUGGAGGAAUGGAAUCGAUGUUCGUCGAGAAUCGGAAAAUAAAGUAAAGUAAGUAGCAGUAAAUUAUUGUUCGGUUAUGGCCGAACCUAGCGAUAAAGAUCAUAAGCUAUGGAAAGGGGUAGUUGCAGUAGCUGGAAUCAUGACUACCCUUGUCACCUAUGGAGUCUUACAGGAAAAGAUCAUGAGAGUUCCAUAUGGGGAGCAUAAAGAUUAUUUCAAGCACUCCUUGUUUCUUGUUUUUUGUAAUCGUAUCACUACUUCUGCAGUUUCUGCAGGUGUUUUACUGGCAAGUAAAAAGACAGUGGACCCUGUCGCUCCAGUUUAUACGUACUGCCUUGUUUCGAUAACAAAUAUACUGACAACCACGUGUCAGUACGAGGCGCUUAAGUAUGUCAGUUUUCCAGUUCAGACUCUGGCAAAGUGUGCUAAAAUGAUACCUGUCAUGGUGUGGGGCACCAUCAUUAUGCAAAAGAAAUAUAAGAGUCAUGAUUAUUUGCUGGCUGUUCUUGUGACCCUGGGUUGCUCGAUAUUUGUUCUCUAUCCGGCUUCAGCUGAUCUUAGUCCAUACGAUAACGGAAGGGAAAGCACGGUUUGGGGUGUCUCACUUAUGGUUGGUUAUCUUGGGUUUGAUGGCUUUACAAGCACAUUCCAAGAUAAACUUUUCAAAGGCUAUAAUAUGGACAUACACAACCAAAUUUUCUAUACAACUUUGUGUUCGUGCAUUCUUAGUUUGACAGGUCUUAUAAUACAAGGCCAUCUACUUCCUGCAAUUGAUUUUGUUUAUGUUCACAAGGAUUGUUUCUUUGACAUAGCAUUUCUCUCCACUGUAGCAACUGCUAGUCAGUUUUUUAUUUCUUACACAAUUCGCACUUUCGGAGCUCUGACCUUUGCCACCAUAAUGACAACAAGACAGUUGGUCAGCAUCAUGCUAUCUUGUGUAUGGUUUUCUCAUCCUCUUAGCUGGGAACAGUGUAUUGGAGCUGUUUUGGUCUUUGGUUCGAUAUAUGCUAGAAGCUUCCUGAGAAAUGCACCUCAGAAACCAUCAACUUCCGAAACGGUAGAGAGCCGAUCUUCAAGCCCCACGACCCAAUUGUCAAGCCCCGGGAAUCGAUCGUCAAGCCCCAUGAAGGAGGGUCCAUGAUUGGUUGGUUUUGUGGUGCAUUUACCAUGUGAUAGUCGUUCAUAAGUUCUGGUCUGGACUGGUCCUCACUUUUAUGCCUUUUGUUGCACAUUUCAAAAGCCAAAGACAAGUAGAAUUAGUAUAGAUUUGUAGGUUCCCCUCCUGAAAAAUUGUUGAUGGAUACAUGCUGAAGCCAGUUUUCAUUUCCGUGUUGAUUACGUUCGAUACGAUAAAACAUAUCUGUCUGUAAUGACUUUUCAAGUGCUUAAAAACCGGUUUUAAGCACUUGCUAAAUCAUUAUAAACAGACCACAUGUUUCCUUUGCAGGAUGGGAGUAGAUUAAAUUUUACGACAAGGAAAAGGAGGGGGAGACCAUUGUUCCUAAUUUUUCUUAAAUUAAAAGAUAGUAAAGUUUCAAUUUAUAUGGGUGUAACGUUA